CAGACACAAACCAAUGGCAUGGUACUACUGUACGACUUUACCAAUACGUCAUAUUUGACAAGCGAUUCGCAACUGUGUGUCAAUAUUAUCAAAUUGCUCAAGGACGAGUAUCCAGUUCGCCUCACUAAAACCUUCAUCAUUUCCCCACCGUUUUGGGUGGAAUCAGAACUCAAGUUUUUCACAACUUUGUUGCGAGAUAAAAACAUACAAAUCGUCUCCCGAUCAGCAAUAAAGAAACAUUUGAGUUUGGAUUGUAUUCCUGAGAGUCUUGGAGGAACACUUCACGUUGACCACAAGUCUUGGAUAGACCAAUGCAUGCUGGGAUAUGCUGAGCAACUUGGAGAGGAGCUAAUAAGGAAUCCACGAAAACACCCUGAUAGAGGAUGAUAAUUAUAUGAAA